CCACCACAUACCCACCAGCAGCUCUGUUAAUACUCGCCGAGUCCCACCCACCCUUCACCAUCACAUGCCACCCAGUGCUGAAAAGACAAACUUCGAACUCGUUCGAAGUAUAGAACCCAUCUAUGCUGGCGGACCAGUCGCGUUCGCGUCCAACGCGCGACUUUUAGCAACGAGUCUGAAUGAACGUGUCAUCGUGUCUCACGUCGACACAGGAGAACGGCUCUGCGUUAUUGAGAAGGACGAGGACGACUACACGACUGCUCUCGCCCUUACUAGCGACGGUUCACGACUAGUGGUCGCCUCGAGGUCUCGUCUCGUCAGCAUUUAUGAUGUCGCUACUUCACGCCGUCUUCGCUCCAUUAAGGCUCACGAGGCACCGGUUAUUGUGAUGAAAAUUGAUCCUACAGACACUCUUUUGGCCACUGGUGGUGCAGAAGGUCUUGUUAAGGUGUGGGAUCUGGCAGGCGGUUUUGCUACUCAUUCUCUCCGUGGCCAUGGCGGUGUGGUCAGUGCUCUGGCAUUCGGCAAGGUUGAGGAUGCAUGGAUCCUUGCUUCUGGAGCAGAUGACACGCGUAUUCGGAUCUGGGACCUUGCAACUAGUCGGUCGACGGCUUCGUUCGAGGGACACUCAAGUACUGUUCGGGGACUCGUGUUCACCGACAAUGGAAAAUUCCUUGUGAGUGGUUCUCGAGACAAAACAAUCCUCGUCUGGAACGUUCAGACUCGGAAGCUGGCUCGAACGAUUCCUGCGCUGUACAGCAUUGAAGCCAUCGGUUGGAUGGAAGGGGUCUCGACGGAGGAUUCCUCUAAAAAACUGCUCUACGCUGCAGGCGAAAACAACAUCAUCGGUGUGUGGGAUGUCUACGACGGUAAGCGUGUAGACAACGCGUCCGCCUCCAUCCUCGAUGAGUCUGUGAGCAUUAUCGAUCUGUUGGAUAUGGGCGACGGUACUGCCUUGUCUGUUCAUUCUGACCAUGGGCUUCUUGUGCGUCGGUAUGUCGAGGACAGCGAAACUGUGGCUGUCGAGAGAAAGCUUCACGGCUCGUUCGAUGAAGUGAUCGAUUGUACAUGGCUCGACGGCGGGAAUCUGGCCGUUGCAACGAAUACCGAAACCGUUGAUGUCAUUUCUGAAGAUGGCACCCGCGUCGUCGCCAUGCUUCAAGGACACGAAGACAUAAUUCUGGCGUUGGAUGCAAGCCAAGACGGUCACUGGUUAGUCACUGGUGCAAAGGAUAACACAGCUCGUCUUUGGCGUAUUGAUGCUGCUGCUGGCUCGUACGAGUGCGUUCGAGUGUUCACCGGCCACACUGCUACCGUGACUGCAGUAGGUUUGGGACCUCUGAACGAUGAAGGUAUUCCAAAGUUCGUUGUUUCUGCGUCACAAGACCGUACGCUUAAGUUGUAUGACUUGGAAAAAAUGGAUAGCAGUAACAGCACAAGAGCCUUGUGGACGUCCAAGGCUCAUGACCGUGAUAUCAACGCUGUCAGUGUCUCUCCUGAUGGCAAAAUAAUUGCUACAGCUAGUCAAGACAAAACGAUCAAGCUCUGGGAUGCCGCCCUGGGUGACGUUUUGGGUCUGCUUCGUGGGCAUCGUCGUGGUGUUUGGAGCUGCUGUUUCAGUCGGUAUGGCAAGCUUUUGGCUAGUGGAAGCGGUGACAAUACGCUCCGCGUUUGGAACUACGAGGAACAGCGUUGUGUACGCACGUUUGAAGGACACACGGCUGCCAUUCUUAAAAUCGCCUUCAUUAGCGAAGGCACCCAGUUGGCCACGGCCGGUGCUGAUGGUCUUGUAAAAAUUUGGUCCAUAAAAUCUGGUGAAUGUGUUACUACAUUGGACAACCAUGAAGACCGCGUGUGGGCAUUGACUGCCAGAGAUGAAGGAUCACUCAUUGUCUCAGGUGGUGCUGAUGCCGUCCUGAACGUUUGGCGCGAUUUCACAGAACAGCACGCUGCGAAGCUGGCUGCUGAGUAUGAACGCCAAGUGGAGGAGGAGCAGACACUUUCUAACUACAUUCUCACGGAGGAUUGGAAAAACGCAAUUGCUCUUGCUUUGUCUCUUGACCGUCCUCUUGGUCUGUUACGACUGUUCGAGCGGGUCAUCUCUGGCCGCCAAGAGGCAAAUAGCUACCUGGGAAUCCGCGAGGUCGAUGAAGUGUUGUCGCAUUUGGAUGACUCUCAGUUGACAACACUUUUACUUCGGAUUCGUGAUUGGAAUACAAAUGCAAAGACGAGUCUUGUUGCGCAACGCCUCUUGCACAUCAUCUUACAUGCAUAUGAACCUGCUCACAUCCUUCGUAUUCCCAACAUUAAAUCUAUUCUGGACGCGAUGGUCCCUUACACUCAACGGCAUCUGAAUCGGGUUGAGGACCUUGUGGAGGACUCCUACAUCGUGGACUACGUUCUUUAAAAUGCGAAAAGUUGAUAGACGCAUCAUUUUUGUGGAUUACGGUUAUGUUUUUUUUUCAAGGUUUUGAGGACGUAAGUCAAUUAGAGACUCUGUCAUGUUUCAAAAAGCAAACACUCGGUUUGCACAACAAGUUAAUAGCUUCGCGUUUACUGAUAAAGGAAUCGGAUCUUUAUGCAAAGCUGCAUAUUAUUUUCAAUGGUCUUUUGGUUAUUAAUACUGUUUUGUUUUUUUCUAUGCAAUUGAGA